CUGCGAAUUGCUUCACAUCUCCACUCCUUACCUUUUUCCUCAACACAUCACCAAAAUGGCCGCACGAAGCGCAGCCCUCAAGCUCGACUGGACCAAGGUCACCUCCUCGCUAGGUCUGCGCGGUCAGACCGUCGCAGGCCUGCAGGCCUUCAAGCAGCGCAACGAGAACGCCCGCCGCAAACUGCAGGCUCUGUCGGAACUGCCGACGACAGUCAACUUCGCACAUUACCGAUCCGUGCUUAAGAACCAAGCCGUCGUCGACGAGAUCGAGAAGCGUUUCGCCGCCUUCAAGCCCGCCCAGUACGACGUCUCUCGCCAGCUCAAAGCCAUCGAGGCUUUCGAGAUCGAGGCUAUCAAGAACGCCCAGAGUACCAAGGAGAAGGUCGAUUUGGAACUCAAGGACCUCGAGGCUACCCUGAAGAACAUCGAGACCGCUCGCCCCUUCGAGGAACUUACUGUCGAUGAGGUUGCUGCUGCUGAGCCAUCGAUCGAUGAGAAGACGGCUAAGUUGGUGUCCAAGGGCCGCUGGUCCGUUCCGGGAUACAAGGAGAAAUUCGGCGAUCUUUCCGUACUAUAGACAGCUUGCGCAGCGUAGCAACCAGAAUUGCAUUACCGCUCUCUUUCCCUUGUGUACUCUAGCAUUGUAGAUAGGAAGACCGGGAAGAGGCUGAGAAAGUGGAAUUACAUACAUUGUUAAUCAAGUCCUACGUGUGUAGUUUAUAAUUGUCCCCAGGCAGGUGACAUACUCUCCGUCUCGAAGUACCUAUCUGAUUUCGAAAACUACUUACCUAAGAGAUGGUAUGUAGUCUUGGUUACUUAGUACCAAAGUCCAGUGUCUAGACUUGAGUCGAGGAUGGCGAAUAGUAUGGCUUAGUCAAGUCUAUCAGCCUAUUGUCAUGUCAUCUUUGGACUAUGCUAUGGAAAGCCCCCGUGGUAGUGAGGAACGGUUAUACCAGAAAUCUAAGAGGAUAAUCUAUUUCGUAUGCCUUUACAGGACCUUUAGAGACAUUCCAAUUUCGAGAAAGGGG